AACAGAGCAGCCUUCCUGGUUGCACAGCACUCAUACAGAUUGACCUUCUGUAGGUCUGACAGAGAAGCUGAGCUUCCAUUUAUAUGGCAGAUGAGCACAUUUUCAUCAGGACACUUCGGAACUGCUGACGGGUUUCAGACAACCACCAAAAGAGAUCAAACACCAUGGGGAUCAGCCGCUCCAAGUCCAGUUACAACGUGACCGUCUUGGAAAAUCCACCAGAACCUCUUUCGUCAGUCCCCGAAGACACCUUCAUAUCCCUCUACGACUUUCCAUCAUUUGGUAGCACAGAGUUGGGCAUGAGCAUCGGGGAGAGACUUACCAUCAUAUCAGAUGAUGGUGAUGUUUUGAUGGUCAGGUCCAUCACCACAAGUAGAGAGAUGUACAUUCCCGCCAAAUACGUCGCCAAAGUGACACAUAGGUGGCUGUUCACAGGCAUCAGCAGGCACAAAGCAGAAGAGCUUCUCAUGCAACCAGAAAACCGCAUUGGAAGCUUCUUGAUACGAGAGUCAGAGACGCACGCAGGUUGCCUUUCUCUGUCUGUCCGAUGGCGAGUCAAUGUUCUCUACUCAAAUUGUAUAAAACACUACCUCAUCUAUCGACUCCAAAAUGGCCGGCUCUACAUAUCUCCAACGCGCUCCUUCGCUUCUCUAAAACAUCUGGUGGAACACUACUCAGAGUCUGCAGAUAAACUUUGCUGUCGGCUGGAUCGGCCUUGCUUCGUCCAGGGUUUGGCCGUCCCCAGAGAGGACGUACCCGCGGCCGACAGGAAGCCCAGCAACAACUGGAAGGACAUCAGCAGAUCCAUGUUUCUAAGAAGGAGAACAGGGUCAAGCGUCUUAAUGGUGAGUGAAGGCCUGAGGGAGUCCAUCAGCUCGUACCUCCAAAUGACAGAAGGCAACGAUCACGGCUGGGACACUUGAACCAAAAAGUUUCAUCUGGCUACAAAGACUGAUAUUCUUUUGAAGAUCCCGGACUAAACAUGGAGUAGUUGAGGCUCAUUUUAUUUGACUACUGAUGAAAAGCCGAUCCUGUUCUUAAUUUAUCAUUUACUGCAGUUCGAAUGUACAAUAUACAUGAAUGUGUGAUUAUUGAAUGUUUAUGAGAAGAGCUUUUUUAUUUUUAAUUGUGGGAGUUGCGAUAUGUGUGUUGCCAUCUUAAUGAUAGUGAAUAUUUUUUCUGUUUCUAUAAACUAAUCAGAUCCUAAAAUGC